CGUUUGCGUGUCUGUGACUACGUGACGCACCUCCUCCUACUCCUCCCUUUGUCCACUGUGCAGCAGAAUCUUGUUCAGGAGAGCUUCAUAAGGAGUUGACAAUUCAGAGAUCAUGGCUGUACCCCCCACAUACGUUGACCUUGGCAAACAUGCCAGGGAUGUCUUCACCAAGGGCUACGGUUUUGGCCUAAUCAAGCUGGACUUGAAAACAAAGUCAGGAAAUGGAUUGGAGUUCGUCAGCACAGGCUCUGCCAACACAGAGACCAGCAAAGUGGCAGGCACCCUAGAGACCAAGUACAAAUGGUCAGAGCACGGCUUGACCUUCACCGAGAAGUGGAAUACUGACAACACCCUGGGCACUGAGAUCACACUGGAGGACCAGCUGACUAAAGGUCUGAAGUUGACAUUUGAUUCAUCUUUCUCACCAAACACAGGCAAGAAGAGUGGGAAGAUCAAGACUGGCUAUAAACGAGAGCACGUUAAUUUGGGCUGUGAUGUGGAUUAUGACAUCAACGGCACCGCGGUCCAUGGGGCUGCGGUUGUGGGCUAUGAGGGAUGGUUGGCUGGCUACCAGAUGACCUUUGAGGCUGGCAAGAACAGGGUCACCCAGAGCAACUUUGCUGUUGGUUACAAGACUGAAGAGUUCCAGCUGCACACCAAUGUAAAUGACGGCACUGAGUUUGGUGGGUCCAUUUACCAGAAGGUGAACGACCAGCUGGAGACAGCUGUCAACCUGGCCUGGACUGCUGGGAAUAGCAACACACGCUUUGGCAUUGCUGCCAAGUAUCAGAUUGAUUCUGAUGCCUCAUUCUCGGCCAAAGUGAACAAUUCAAGCCUUGUUGGUCUUGGAUACACCCAAACUCUUAAGCCAGGGAUCAAGCUUACAUUGUCGGCUCUUUUGGAUGGAAAGAACAUCAACGCAGGUGGCCACAAGCUUGGUCUGGGCCUGGAGUUUGAGGCAUAGAGAACCGUCUCAAAGCUCUGAAUACUUCUUUGAAUCUAUCCUCACAACCUUGUGUUUCUCUUAGAUGUGAUACGGAUGAGUUGAGGUGUUAUAAUGUCAAGUCAUGCAACAGUUGAUCCUUCACUGUUGGGCAUCAGAUGAUAGGUUAUACUGGAUUUCAAGACCCAAGUGUUUGAAAAGGGAAACAUUGUGUACUUAGAAAUUUUAAAAGGUAGGCCUCACAAGAACAUUCAAGUAAAGUAAUAAUUGUAAUGAUUCAGAAUGAAAAUGCAUUUUUUUUUUUUUGCUAUCAUCAUGUGAGUAAGCAUUCAACUUAUUGAUUUGUAAGUACCAGAACAGUCUGGGGAAAAUAUUUCAGUCAGAUUUCAAACCAUAAUUUCAGCUUUUCUGGGAGCAAACUUUGUGUCCACAAGGUUGGGCCGAUAUAGCUUUGUCAACGGGACACUGGUGGAACAACAUUCCUUUUAUUAUUGAAAUAUUCCUGGUUUAGGAAUAUUUCUAUUCACAAACAAAACCUUCGAGAAAGAAGGAAGCAGUCUGUUUACAGAUACUACAGUACUGGAUGGUUAAGUUGUCCUUCACUUAUGCAGCAGUAGGCCUCUGAACCUUGGUGUUUGUCAUUCAGUGUUUUGUCUCACUCGUCUUCGUGAACUGAUUUAUUUUGUGAUUCUUAUACCUUAAUCAUGUUAUCAAUAUUCUUGUAUACUUUAACCUGCCUGUCACACUGAAGACAAGAUUCCCAAAACUCUCUUGUUCCUGAAAAGUAAAGUAAGAAACCUAUGCUAAACAUCAGUCAAUCCCAAAUGCCUUUGGGCUAAAAUGAAUGAAGAUGUUUUUAAAUAAAAAUGUAGUCUUCCAGUGUUGAAGUAGGAUCAGAACACUAUGUACUUGACAUACUUGUUGCCCCCUAAAUUAAGUAAAGUAUUUGAACCUGAACUCUGCUUUGGUCUCAAUAAAUAUUGAUAUGGGAAAAAAGAAA